UUUUGCAGUUGACGUUUGAACGAAAAAAAAAACAAAAAAACAGCCAAACAAAAAAGCUGAUCGCCGUGCUUUUCACAAAAAAGUGUGCAAAGUCUGAGAAAAACACGGUCACUCCGCUUUUUUUUUUUUUGAAACCUACGCACCCGUCCAGACUCGUCUUCCAUCCGAUUCUGUUUUGAUUGGAUUGGCGAAAGUACUGUCUCAAACCAGUUCGGGCAAGCUGUCAAUUUCCGAGUUUGCCGAUUUGUGAACACACAGGCUGCACGGCAACUGUGCAAAGAAUCGCGUCAGUCUCCACCACUCGCACAACAACACUGCUCCAUUGUUUAUUUUUUCGAGCAGUCGUGGAAAGAUGACAACCUCAGUUGUGGACGGCCCUGCGCCAGACGCAACCGUGGGCUUUGACGCUCAAGAAGACUGCCACGCUGCACCCGUGUCACGAUCCAAGCUGGGCAAGGAACCAGCAUUUGUGCGAAGCUGUCUACGUGCUGGCGGCCAAGCCCUCGUCUUUUUCGUGCUGUUUGCUGCAGUCGUUGUCGUGAUUUCAGCACCAAGCGCGCGCCCACACUUUGGACACGCCGUGCACAUCCAGCCACAACAUUCGCCGGCCUUCACUCGGCGACAAGUCGAUGCGGCGUUUGCUGCUGCAACCCACAACCAGGUCGAGCAGCUGGUGCCGACGACACUGGAAAUCGUGUCCCUCUCUCAGCUGCCCACCCCAACAGCGCAGAGCACCGCCCCGGAGACCACCACCGCCGAGCCAUCCACUUUCGCGGUGCCGUCAAAGCCCGCCAUCGAGCGCCUCAAGGCCUACCUGCAACGCUCGCGCAAGGCGCUGUACGACAUGUUCCAUCCGCUCAAGGCAACCACUCUGUCUGCCCGGCAAAAGCUGCAUGUUGUGAUGGGCAACCAGGCCUCGGAUCUCGACUCCAUGGCCACCUCCAUCAUUCACGCCUUCACGAGCGCAGCACACCACCACGCCGACAACAGCAGCCUCCCCAUCAUCCAAAACAACACGCUGAUUGUCCCCAUGAUGAACAUUCCCCGCCAAGACUAUCGCUUGCGCACAGAGGUGGCGUACAUGUUUGCCAAGAUUGGCCUGACACCCGAGAUGCUCGUCUUUGUCGACGACUUUGACGCCAAUGUCAUCAACGCUCGCGGCCUCCUGCAAGUGACUCUGGUCGACCACAACAUGCUGGCGCCCGAGCAAGCCAGCUUUGGCUCGUCCGUGGUCCGCAUUCUCGACCACCACUCGGACGACGGCCACCAUGCUGGCAUUGCCGAUCGGCAGGUGGACUUGGUCGGCUCGUGCUCCACGCUGAUGACUGAGCGCAUCCUUGCCUCGCCCGAACUCAAGGCCACCGUGCUGGACGCCCACGUUGCCGCGCUCCUGCUUGGCACAAUCCUGGUCGACACGGUCAACCUGGACACGGUCAAGGGCAAGACCACGCAGCGAGAUUUGGACGCCGCGCAUGCGCUGAUCGGCUCCGCCAGCUCGUUUGUGGCCCGCGGCCAGCUGUUUGCCGACUUGCGUCGCGAAAAGUUCAACCACGCCGCCCUCACCAGCGAUGAACUGCUCCGCCGUGACUACAAGGAGGACCGCUCAACCAACACGGCGAUCGGCAUCAGCUCCAUCUCCAUGUCUGUUCGCGAGCUGAUGCAGCGCGACCGCUCCUACGCCCGUGCCAUUGUGCGCUUUGCCACUCUCCGCAACCUCAAGGUGCUGGCCGUCAUGAACUCGUUCUUUGCGCCCGACUUUUCGAGGCAGCUCACCAUCUACACUGCCGACAAAAAGUCCCUCAAGCGCGUCGUUUCGCACCUCUUCCGCAACGGCAUUGUCGACUUUGAGCUGACCAAGGUGAACGUCCCCGGUCUGAGCGGCGAGGCGCGCAUUGUCACCUUCACCCAGAGCAACCUUCGCGCCUCGCGCAAGGUCCUCAUGCCCCUGCUGAAGGGCUGUUUCUCCGGCGACUUGAGCACGCUGCAACAGCAAGCUGCCCAGUCGCGCACUGUCCCUCCCACCCCUGCUCCGACGUCCCAAUCGUCGUCGCGCACCAAAAAGUGAAGUUUGUUUUUCUCUCUUUCUUGUUAAGUUAAGGCCCC